ACCGGCUGCUGCCCGGACCCUUCCGUACAUUCACAGUGAGAUUUAGCGCACACACCGCGGAACACGUUUGGUGUAAACGUGCUUUCUGGCUCCCAACCGACCCACAUCACCUGCUAGCUGACAUCAGUGUACCUGAGGAUCUGCUGCCCCCCCACCCCUUCUCCCCAGAUGUAGAGGGAGUUGUCAUCUGCAGCAGCCGUGUACACAAUUCUUGUGCUGUCCAGUGAAGUUGCCCACCAUGCGUGAGUACAAGCUAGUGGUGCUGGGAUCAGGAGGCGUGGGAAAAUCAGCGCUGACAGUCCAGUUUGUGCAAGGCAUUUUUGUGGAGAAGUAUGACCCCACAAUAGAAGAUUCCUACAGAAAGCAAGUCGAGGUCGACGGGCAGCAAUGUAUGCUUGAAAUCCUGGACACGGCUGGAACAGAACAGUUCACAGCUAUGAGGGACCUGUACAUGAAGAAUGGCCAAGGCUUUGCUUUGGUGUACUCCAUUACAGCGCAGUCAACAUUUAACGACCUACAGGACCUCCGGGAACAGAUCUUGCGAGUAAAGGACACUGAGGAUGUUCCCAUGAUCCUGGUGGGAAACAAGUGUGACCUGGAGGAUGAGCGUGUGGUCGGGAAGGAGCAGGGUCAGAACCUGGCCCGUCAGUGGAACAACUGUGCCUUUUUAGAGACUUCAGCUAAAUCAAAGAUCAAUGUUAAUGAGAUUUUCUAUGAUCUGGUGCGACAGAUCAACAGAAAAACGCCGAUGGAAAAGAAGAAGACAAAAAAGAAGUCAGGUUGCACACUGCUCUAAAAUGCCCUCCCACAGUCGCUCCAGGCCAGAAACUUGUAAUGAUUAACUGUUUCCCAGUGGAUCGUGCCAGCAUUCCAAGUCCUCUCCAGAGCAUUUUGAAAAAGGCUGACAGAGAUAACUUCACCACUCGCAAAAUGGCAGGAGACGGCACAUACUCUCAAGAUACUCUUCUCUGCUUUUUAAUGGCAAAGAAAUUCGCCUCUUUUUUUGUACUGUCAGCCUGAUGACAACUCUUGUUUUUGUCUGUUUUUUUUUUUGUUUUUUUUCCUCUCUUCUCAAGGUGUCUUUCUUUUGGAAAUAUCAGUGUAAAAGAAGAGACCGUGGGUUUAAAUCCAUAUAUGGGAACUAAAAUGUUUUAUUAAAAGUAACAUCAGUCUUGAGCAUAUUGUGACAAUAUGUUUGCAAAAGAAACCAUGUGAAAUGUUGGCCUUCUCAUACAUUUCUGCACUAAUAGUGUCAACGGAGAUGCGUCAUUGUCCAUAAGUUACUUGUUCCUACUUACAAGGAUGUGUAUUGAUGAGGUAACAUCUUUCCUAAGUGACUUUGUUUUAUAUUGAGAGCUGCAAGCUUUCCAUAUUUCCCAUAAUAUAUUCUACUUCCAUUUUUGCAUAAUAAAACUAAGGAAAUUAGUAUUUUAUAGACUGAUGGGGAAAAUGGUUUGUUCUGAUUUGUGUCUUGAGGCUGAAAAUAUAUUGUACUAAACCAACUCUAAUAUUGCUUCGUGUUACCCUGUCACAGAUGAUUUUCCAGCUUUUAUGAAUGAUUAAAUUUUAGUACAUUUUCAUUA